CCUGGCGGAACUACUCGUCCCCGGCCUGUAGCGGAACCAACAUGGCAGGUCAAGAGGAUCCAGUGCAGCGAGAGAUUCACCAAGACUGGGCGAAUCGAGAGUACAUAGAGGUGAUCACAAGCAGCAUCAAGAAAAUAGCCGACUUUCUGAAUUCAUUCGAUAUGUCAUGUCGGUCCCGCCUGGCCACUCUUAACGAGAAACUGACCGCUUUGGAGAGGAGGAUCGAAUACAUCGAGGCCAGAGUGACAAAGGGAGAGACCCUGACCUAGAGCUCCUCGUGGGGACGCGGAGUGUCCGCGCAUCAUGAGUCCCGCUGCCCACCCACCCCAUUACCUUUCUUUUUGACGUUUUCGAUAUGAUGGAUUCCACCAUUCUUUUUUGGGGGGGACCACACAUAUGGUUUUUAUAACUUAUGGCUAAGGUUUUUUUUUUAAUGUGUUGUUUUAUCCUAUGACAUGCCUCUGCACAGGAACUUCAUCAGACUUGGGUAUCAGUCAUUUUCGCGUCACCGAUGUUUAUAAGAUAAAAAAAAAAACCUCCAUCUUUCCUGCUGGUUGUAAAAAAUAUUAUUGUGCAGCUCAUUUGUGGAUCUGACGUCAGCAAAAGUCAUUGAUCGCUUGUGUUUUCUACAGUGCCAGUAAUAACAGCUGGUUAUGAAAGGGUAGCAUUCCUGUGUGCCAAGUUAAAUAAGUAAUCGUGCGUAUUCAUCUUGGAAAAGGACUUGCCUGUACAGUAAAUUGUGUGGUUAUGAUGAUAAAGUUUUAGGAUUUGAAUAUUGUAAUAAAGUUAAAAGAAUGACCAUGUUUUAUGUAAUAAUAUUAAGAAAAAAAGGAGUCUUAAGUGUGAAUAUGAUAUAUCUCACAUGUGAUCUUAUUAUCCAGUAUUUGCAAACCAUUUGUGAACUUGCGCCUCCCAUGGUGAGCGACACUGAUAGGCCGUGAUGAGUGCCUGAUGUAGUGUUCAUAAAUGAAAGAAAUGAGAAGUUUCAAAUGUAUUUAGGCUAUUUUAUGGCAAGAGGUGUCUUGGUCUAAUUGGUUUGAAUUUAAGACCAAGAAGGAUGUUCCUGAGGUGACACCAAGUUAUGUUUGUUUUUAACCACAGAUUUGCAUACUGGUGAUUUUAAGCGAAAAGGGAAACCCCUAGGAGAAAAAAAAAAGGAAAAGAAAACACAAAAUUUGACUUUUUUUAACUUUCAUUUUGGACCUAUAUCAAAACAAGGCUAUUCUGACAAUGUAUCAAAUCUUAAGCAUUUGGGGGUUCUUGGCACACACCUUAUAACUUCGGUUUGGGGCUGUAUAUCUAAGAGGUCAAAGCUGAAAGACGACUAAUUUUGUCACUUUUUUAUUAUUCUCGCCAAAUAACUAGUCCUACAUGCUUAAACGUAGCAACUCUAUUAAAACUUUAAAAAGUUGAACUA